AUGUCUAGCACUAUGCUGACUUUCGUCAUGACCAGUGCAGCUGCCAUUGUGGUGAUGGCGCAACUGGCUGCCAUGUGGAUGUUCGUCGAUAUGUCAUACUUUGAGAAGACUCUCAUGACCAGCAUGACGGAUUUCAAGGAUCCCAAGCAUACUCCACUGGCCCAGCAAUCAGCGGUGCAGGCGCAAGCAUUUCCGACGGUAGAGUCGAAUGAUGUAUGGCAAAAGAUAGUGUCUGACGAUCUGCAGCGUUCUGCGCGUUCGGUGCAACACGAAACUAAUCGUCGUAAUCGCCAAAGAGGGGCAAAAACCGUGAAAACAGGAUCCCAAGCAUACUCCACUGGCCCAGCAAUCAGCGGUGCAGGCGCAAGCAUUUCCGACGCAUGUCCUCCGGGUCCACCUGGACCUCCUGGCGAAGCCGGAACUCCGGGAGGUAAGCAGUUUGAUCAUUUUACCUAUUCCAAAACUUCGAAGUAUGACUUUCCUGCAGAGAAUGGCCUACCCGGACAGGACGGUCACCCAGGACUGGAUGGGAAUGAAAUGGGCUAUAAUGCUGCUCCAAAAGAAUGUGUCCAAUGCCCUGCCGGAGAGCCAGGUUCACCCGGACCCGAUGGUCCACCAGGUCCCGCUGGAAACCCCGGCGCUGACGGUGAUUCGGGAUCAGCAGGGGCAGUUGGAACAGCAGGACCACCAGGACCUCCUGGUUCACCCGGACCCGAUGGAGCACCAGGUCAGAACGGAGCCGACGGAAAACCUGGCGCAGAUGGAAAGAGACACCUGAAAGGACCCCCAGGACCAGCCGGUCCGCCAGGCCCACCUGGAGGCUCAGGAACAGAUGGUGAUGCUUACGUCCAAGCUCCUUCCGAGCCCGGUCCACCUGGCCCACCUGGGCCCCCAGGAAAGGACGGCGCACCUGGUCCACCUGGAGCUCCAGGAGUCUCAGGAGCAGAUGGUGAACCGGGACAAGAUGCAGCGUAUUGCCCAUGUCCUCCUAGAGCUGGCGCUACAGAGUCUCACCAAUCUGGCUACGCUGGCGAUAAUGCCAGCGGAACUGCUUCGGCUUUUGGAAAAGAAGUAGCAUCUGGUGGAGCUGAAGAACCACACUCUGGAGGAGCAGCAGCAUCUUUAGCCACAUCUGGUUCCUCUAAGCUAUCUCCAGAAGCAUCAGUAUCCUCUUCAGUUACUGGGACUGAAGGAGCGCGAUCAUCAUUAACUGUUGGAAUCAAGGUCAGCGAUACAGAAUCGGAAGGAACAUCACAUGGAGGUAGCACUGAAGCAAUAGCAGUGGAGAAGAACUCGGGUGCUGGUUCCAGUGCUGCUGAAUUAGUGUCAGUAACUGCGCCUGAUAAGUCUCAAAACACUGAAACAAGGGUUGAGGCAUCAGUUGCGGACGAGGAAGCAAACGUUGAGGUAAAAGUAAAGGAGGAACAAAUAGGCAACACUAGGACAAUAUUUGAAAGGGUUGAUGCCUGGAAAGUUGGCCCAAGCGAUAAGGUUCAAGCUCCUUCAACUGCUCCGGAAGGUCAUGUGGGUACUUCUCAGAGUUACGGCGAACCUGCUAAUGUAAACAGAAAGAACAAACGAACAGCACCGAAGAAAGCCAGAGCUCGUGGUACCACUAUUCAAAGACGAUCACGAGAGCGCAGGAACAAGAAGAACAACAACUGA